AGCAAGGGAGAUUCCGCCUUCUUCUGUCGCUUCUCUUCUUUUUCAAGUUAGACCAUCACUUUCGAAAACGGACCUAUUCUGCCCGCAAUGCCGUCCCCCAGCCGCUCGCGAGGCAGCGAGAGUAUGUCGCCCGCGCAGCACGACUUCUACACGAAUCAGGGCUUGAAAGCCACCGCCGUUUACCCCGCAUCUGCGAGCAGAGAGAUACCAAUGAUGAUGUCCGCGCAGGGACAAAGCUCCUACGAUAUCAGCAGCAGAGGACGUCAGAACUCCCUUACGCGCCACUCUUCUGCGACGCCACCUUUGUCGGUGCGAAAGCUGAACGUGUGCACCUCCCCUCCCCCAUCCACCUGCCCACAGCCGAAUGGUGGCCGCGAUACCGCAAAGAGCGGUGCGGCUAGACGUCCAUCAGCUCCCGUGAGCACCACGCGAGGCCUGGCAGGCGCCACUUAUACCGUGCGUGCCGGUCAGCACCCGCUCUUCACAGGCAGCAGCCACAGCAGGCUUGUGAAACCGCAACUAUUUCACCCACCGCAACGCCGUACCCCUCCUCCGUCUUCGGCUCCGGACACGGCAGCAGCAUCCAUGAUUAUGAUGAUCUCGCCCGAGAAUAACACCGUGCGUGGCUUACGCGGCAGCGCAAUGAAUGGGUUGGCUAGCACCACAGAAGCAGGGCUGACGCACGCCGCAAAGCGCAACAGCGUUAUUGAGCGCAUCGCCGCUGCUGCCGGCUUCGAAGACACGGCCCACAACGACAGCAACGACAACGCUGGCACGGCGCGACCGCCAUCAACAAUCGGAGGCGACCGUCUGAACGCUGCUCCCCGAGGAACCGCCACGGUGCACUUCCAGCUCCCCUCCAACGGUGGCGUCACACACCCAAGCGUUACCGAGUCGCAGGCACUCGAGCCACUCGUCCUUCACGACGCAAUGAAGAUGCGCUUGCAGCAACCCCCGUCCAACGUCAUGGGCGAGAGCUCUCUCGCCCAGCAGCGGCUGCCGGCCGAAGCACUCGUGCUGCGUCCGCCAGAGAAGACGGCGGACGGGAAAGACAACGCCAUGUAUCUGCAGCUUUCUUCCUUUAAAAUGGCGCCGCUCGGUGUUGUUGGUGAUAGCAAUGGAAAAGCAGAAAAAACUCUCACCGAUGCAGCGACUGCUCCAUUGCCCUCUGUACCGACAGCGGUACCACAAGCAAAUGUGCCAUUGUCCGGCUCAGCUGCUGCGGCUACGAAUACGACCACUGGUAUUACCACCACGACUUCAGUACCACCACCGCCUCCUGCUGCGUCUUUGCCGCAGCCUUCCAACGAGGCCACAGCAGCCUCUCAGCUUGCAGGGCAGCCAUCCGCAGCAGUGACUCCAGCAGUCACGCCCUCCCCCGCCAACCCUUCGCCUCCUGUCCUACACGCCUCCUUUCGCGAGCCCACCUCGGAAGAAAAGGCGGCGGCAGAGGCGGACCAUCUCAUGAAUGACUUGAUCAGCAGCGCCGCUCAACGCAGGCACAAUCCAGCAGAACCGGUGUGGAACGCACACGGUACACUCCCCUUUGCGGAGGAUGCGUUGUCCCCCGCACCGGACGCCGAUGCGUCGACCGAGGCGGACAUGGCAGCGCAGUACGUGCGGCGUCAGAUCAGCCACAAUAGAUGCUUCGUUGGGUGGCAACCACCGCCGACAAAUGUGCUUCUGCCGGACCCGGCGCAGCCGGAUGCGACGUGGUCGGUGCUGGCGAACGCAACGGCGCAGGCGGUGCAGCAGGCCGCUGCCUCGCAGACCAUUGCGCAGUCAAGGGGAGCUGCCGACGCGAACACCAUUCCAGGGGUUUUGCCGCCGCGUUCCACCUACGGUGCAGAGGCGACCGCAGCAGCGGAUGGUGAAGCGACGGCGGCGGUGCGGUGUGCCGACUACCACGCGCCUUUUCAGCAGGUUCUACACCCGGAAUGCGUAGAGGACUUCCACGCGCUUCCGGACACCUCCGGCAUUGUCGUGGACACCGGCGGCGCACCGUCACGCCCCGAUCUGUCGGAGGCGGAACGUGCCAUACAGGACGCGUUGCGGCAGAGUUCAACCGAUACCACCGCACGGUCGUUUGCCUCCCAAGCCGUCAUCCUGCGCGACCCCCUCUCUCUACUUGCAUGCGAGCACCUGGCCGAUGACACGGUUGGUAUGGUGGCUCGCCGCCGCUCGUAUCUGACGGCGAUGAUGCAGCUCAACGGCGCCCUCCAGGGAGAUGCCCUACCUUCCUCAAAAGGAAAUACCUCUGCCCUCCAAUCGGUCCUGCAGACCGCCACGCCGCCUGGUGAGGUCUUCUGCGAACUGACGUACCAGGCGAAGGUGCUGCUCUCGACGAUCUUGUACAUGCGUGCGUUGGGUGCAUUGCCGACGCUGCUCCGCGUAGGCCCGCUGACCGAGUACAGUCCCGUCAUCGACAAGGGCAACUGCAUCGAGCUCGUCUUCUACAACCCGUCCGACGAAGAGCGCGAGCAGCAGGCGGCGCAGCAGGCGGCGCAGCAGGAUGUCCGUCGCCGACAGAGUCUGCAGCGGCAGCGCACGGUGGUGUAUCACCAAGCACCGUUGGCACAAACGCACUCGGCGGCCAUGUCGCCGAUGAAGGCAGGCCGGCUGCGCUCGCGCUCUCAACCGCCGGCGCAGCAGCAGCAGCAGCAACAGCAACAGCGAGAGACAUCCCCUGGUAUCCGCGCCGCGUCGGCACUGCGCAAUCGGCCUCGCAGCCUCUCCGCCACCCCUUCAACGUGGCACCGCACUGCGAGAGGCAACUCUGCCGAUGACGUGGGUGAACUUGCACCCGCUGAUCGUAGCGCCGGACACGCCCUCCGCUCUCCGCUGCUCAGCAGGCGAAGGUCGUCCCCUUCGCAGAUGAGUCCAGCCGAGCUGAGUCAAGUAUCACAGCAGCAGCAGUUCCAGCGGCAACCGAGUGCUGUGGAGGGCCUUCUUCUGCAGUCGCUGUCGAACGUGGCGAUGCGGCGCUCCGGCUCCACCGUCUUCCAAUCCGAGGCCGCCCCCUUCCACGCCAAGGCGGAGCAGGUCUUCGGUGUUACCUCGAAGGCGCCGCUGACGGGGGCGGGGCUGACCAGCCUUGCCAGCCCGCUGUUGCGGCGCUCCAGGGAGCCGUCGCUUCUCAUCGACGAGUCGAUGGAGGUGGACACCCCCGCCUCGGUGGUGUACCGGCGGCCGAACUUCUACAACGAAAACGGCGGUGCGUGGCUGCAGCGCAGUCUCUCGCAGGACGCCGCGUCGCGUGUGCAUAUGCAGCCGUGGUCAAGAGCAAAUGCAGAGACAGGCAACAACACUCUCAACCGCAAGGCUUGUGCGAUGUCGAACAGCGCCAGGCAGCGACAGCGGCGGGGCUCCGAGUGCUGCGGCGGGAUGGGACCUGCCGCCAUUCCCCACGCCCGCGGAGGACGGGGAGGAGACCGACACACCACCGUUACCCCGACCCGUCACAUCCCGUCAUCAACCACGACGCCGACGUUUGCGGCGCCGGCAGACGCUGCCCUGCAGACGCACGCUGCUCUCCGUCGCAGCUCGGUGCACUUGGCCGUUGAGCAGUUAAAGCACGACGCCGAUGCAGAGAAGCCGGCGGUAUCGCCAUCGGCGUCCUCCCCAGCCACGUGGAGACCAACGCGAACCCCUGUCUCGCCAUUCCAGCCUUCUGUGUCGUUUAAAUCGCUGCACGACACCGGCACGGUACCGCACGCACGAGCCGCAAAACCCGUCCCGCCUCACGGCGCGGGUGCAUCGCGCUUCCCUGCCGGCGAGCGAGAGUUGUGUGUUGUGCUGCGCGCGGUGGUGGCGCAGAAGUCGCACGUGUACGCCUUUGGUGAAUCCGAGACGGUGCACGUGCUGCCACCCCUGCCGCCGCGCUCGAUCGACGACGGCGUCGACGCAGACGCACUGCUACUGCAGCAGAUGCAACGCAAGAAGAGUGAGUUGGAGCGUCUUGCGAUGGACGCAUCGAACCCGCUCGUGCGUUUUCUCAGCGGUUCGACGCUGCGCAACGCGGGAAGUGUUGUCGCGGAGGCGAAAGAGCAAGAGGCGGAGCGGCGCCAAGUGUCACUGCGCGAGCAGGCUCGGCGUGUGGCGGCGGCGGCACGGCGGCAAGCACCCGCGGCCGUCGACGUGGCUGGCCGGCCCGUCACGGACGACUACGGCGACGUCGUCGUGGCCUUCGUGCUGAGCAAAAACGCGUCGGAACUGAGUGGAUCCGUGCCGGACAUGAUGGAGCUCGAGACGCUGCGUUACCGAAUCUUUUUGUUAGAGGGGUACAGCAGCUCCGACCCAUCAGGGAUGCAGGCGGUGCGUGCGGCGGGCGCGACGGCGGCGACGGGGGAGGAAAAGACCUCCGCUACUACUGCCUCUGCUGCUGCUGCUGCGUCGCUUCCGGAGUCUCCUGGGGCUGGCGUGUACGCGCGUGCGCUGACGCGCGACUCGUCCCCGCUCGACACCGCGCAAUCUCGCCUGCAGAGUCAGCUCUCCUCCUACAAAGCCUUUCAGCGCAACAACGCGACGAGGGCGUCGGUGAACGACCAACGUGCGCUUUCACCUGAAACGUCCGUCGCCAUCGAGGCGCGCGAGAGCCCCAUCCGCGCCUCGGCGCGGAGCGUGUCGAAGCGGAUGAGCUACUUUGAGAGUAUCCUGCGCAAGACCGAUCCGACAUACACACCGGGCUGCACCAAUGACGAAGACGGGGCGUACAUGUCGGAGCUGGAUCUGCAGCUGCUACGGCAGCGGCAACACCAGCAGCAACGGGCGGCGGUGCGGGCUCGCUACCCGGUGUACCGUGCGUCGAGCGUCGCGGAGAGCACGCUGCAAGCCUUUCAUGCGGAGGCGGUGGCUGCGGUGUCGGCUGCACGCCGUCGCCGGCGCAGAGGAGAGAGCGAGGACGGCGGCGGCAACGAACGGCGGGGGGACGCAUGA